UUGUUGAUCAGUUAUUGAACUGCAGAACAUAAUCACGUGAAGAAAAGCAAACUCUCGAUGAGAUGAGCUUGAUCUGAUCCGCAGAUCCUACAAAUCACCAUCACCAUCAGCAGCAAGAGCAGAGAUUGGCAGCAGAUAUAUACAAAGCAGCAAAGAGCAAAGGACAGAAGAACCGGUAGCGGAUCAACGUCGCGUGCGCGUAAACUCAACUGCGAGCAGAUCGACAAUCAAUAAUAAUUCAAACAAUUCGCGUUCUCAGAUUCCUUUUGUUUUCUCUUUCUACAAAUUUUUGAUUUUCUUUCGCUGCUUAUUCUUCUUUUAUUUUGUGUAGCAAACAUGGCAGCGACUCUGCAACCGCCGGCAAGUCUGUUUACAAUCAACCAAACGCGUUCGUCAACUCCCGACUCUUCUCCGCCUUUGCUACGACCGUACCUUCGACAACGACCUACGCGGCAUCAACUAUCGACGUCGUCUGAUGCGGAUUUUGUGUCGAUGCUGUCUGAUCGGCAGUGGCGGCGAUCUGUGUCUGCGCCUGGUGUGGGGAAUGGUAACUUUUCAGCCGGAGGUGGUGCUUCUGCGAUCUCGCCGGCGCUAAAGGUGGAGUCGAAGGGAGAAGGCGCGGAGUCUAGUGACAGUCCAAGUCCGAAGACUUUUGCUAGUACAGGUAGUAAAUUGGCUGGGAAAAGCACGAGUGACCAGAGAUUCGAAACCUCCCCGGCAGUUGUCAGCGGUUUAGAACCGUCACCAUCCCUAACCGAAGCGCGAUCGAUGCAACCACUCGCGCCUCGAUCGAUCGAGCGGAGACAGACUGAAGUCAAACGCCGCGACAGCAAGGUUAUCGACAACAGACGGAAAAGCACUCACGAGACUGAAGAAGAUAGUGCGUGGAACUGGGUGCCGCUACUGCUGGCGCUUAGUCCUGCGUUUGUGGGGAUAUGCUUCACUAAUGGAUCGCGUGCGGUGACGAAUGUGUUUUUGCUGCUGCUGAUGUCGUUGUACCUACAUUUCCUGAUCAAAGUACCUCAUGACUGGUAUAAGGAUACGCGAGCGCAAGCCGUCAACGCCGAAUUGCAGCUCCUGCGCGCAAAUGCUCGGCAACUAAGAGAAGGAGCUGAAGAAAAGGAGGAGAUCAGACGGCGGAUAAAAGCGACUGCUAGGAUCCAACGCUGGGAGUUGGUUGCUCUCGGAGCCCUGUUUGCUAGUCCGGUCGUCGGAGGCGUGUUUCUGCAUUUCGUGCGGUGGUCGCUGGACGGUGGGAACACAGCGGCGGGAAGCUUGAUUUCGAAUUUCAACAUUACAUUGUUUGUCUUGUCAGCAUGCGUACGAGCGGGAAACUGUCUGGCCGAGUACUGCAAGCGGCGGACGGAGGAUCUCGCGGUGUCGGUCGAGGGCGAGUCGGUCGUUGGCGGGCUGAAGCGGGAGAUGGCGGAGUUACAAGCCGAGCUGGCGGUUCUUCGCGAAGUUGUGUUUGCGGUGCGAGAGAUGAUGGAUGGCGGGAUCCGCAAGGAUGUGGAUGCGCUUGUGCGCGCGAUGCGGAAGUAUGAGCGGAACAGGGUCGAGCUUACGAAUGAUGUUGAUGAGCGCAUAGCGGCGCUGGAGGGGGAGUUGAGUAGGUUUGCAGAGGCGGCGGGGGAUGCUGGUUUGCGGCAGGGUAUGCCGGUGUCUCCGUCGCUGCGACGAUCUCAGAAUCAGAAUCAGAAUCAGAAUCAGAAUCAGAAACCUCGGCGAACAAACUCAGGAGGGGGGAAGGCGGAGGGAGAACAGGGGGGAUUGAGGAGGUGGGCGUGGGGGGUGUUGAAGUGGUGUAAGUGGUGUAUAUGGGAUCUACCGUGGAAAGUUGCGAAGGCGGGCGCAAAGAUGCCGGUGCGGGUUAUUGGUGGAGUUGUGGGUGUAUUUCUCGGUUGAUGGGCUAGUUUAUGACUGUGAAUGUAUUUGUUGAUGAGAUAUGGAUGGAGUGUGGAGGAAGGAGAUGAGUAGAAAUUACAGUUUUUCACGAGAUGAUGUGACGGGUAUAGCCGCAAGCCACCGAAAGCCACUGACGACGAGUCAAGGAAGAUGCGUCUGUGAUGGAGAUCAGCGGGCGGGGCGGUGCAGCAUUUGAUGGAGAUUCUGUGGAGAGUAUUGAUGUGUAGGUGGGGAAGGUAGUAGUGGUAAUGAAGUUGUGUAGUGAGAUGAUUAAUCGAGAUAUUACUGAAAGGUAGUUGAAGCACGGAGUUGCUUAAAUUGCAACGCAGUUAAUGACUGACAUUGGAGAUGUAUUACUGCGUCUUUAUUUCUAUAUUGAUUGUAUAUCUAAAUAAUAAGUAGGUUGUAAUAAGCAGUAUAUAACGAACAAUGAG